AAUAGAUAACCAGUGUUAGAAAUCAUUGGAGCUGCUGCCACAAUUUUGUUUGUCAUUCCGCUUCAACUCUUCGUCUUUACAAAAAGUAAUUUACAGAAUAUAAAAUGGAUUUGGAUUUGGCUCGCGAUUUGCCAAAAGCUGGUUUUAAUUUCGACAAUUGCAAGCGCAAUUUGAUUCUCUUGCAAGAAGGCUUUAAGCCGCCUACUAUGACAAAGACGGGCACCACCAUCGUUGGUAUUAUAUAUAAAGAUGGUGUUAUCCUCGGAGCAGACACUAGAGCCACCGAGGGACCAAUAGUGUCGGAUAAGAAUUGCAGCAAGAUUCAUUAUCUUGCACAAAACAUUUACUGCUGUGGUGCUGGCACAGCUGCAGAUACGGAGAUGACUACGGAUUUGAUUUCAUCUCAGUUGGAGUUGCACCGCUUGAACACAAAUCGCCAGGUCCGUGUGGUGGCCGCCAAUAUGAUGCUGAAGCAGAUGCUUUUCCGCUACCAAGGUCAUAUUAGCGCGGCUCUGGUGUUAGGAGGUGUAGAUAAGACAGGACCACAUCUAUAUUCCAUUCAUCCGCAUGGUAGCUCAGACAAGUUACCUUAUGCUACCAUGGGCUCCGGCAGUUUGGCCGCCAUGUCUGUAUUUGAAAGUCGUUGGAAACCCAAUAUGUCAGAGGAAGAUGGUAAGCUACUGGUACGAGAUGCAAUUGCUUCCGGCAUUUUCAACGAUUUGGGGUCUGGCUCCAACGUUGACCUUUGCGUAAUUCGCGAAAAUAGCGUGGAGUACUUGCGCAACUUUGAGCUUGCCAAUAAGAAAGGUGAACGAAAAUUGGACUAUCGCUUCAAGCAUGGCACAACUUCUGUUUUGCACACCACCAUAAAGGACUUUCAGAUCACCGAGCGUGUCCAUGCAGUAGUGCCCAUGGAAACUUAGAGUAUAGAUUAUCUCUUUCAUGUCACAUUUUCUUUUCCAUGGAGGGCUUAAAUAAAUUGCAAAGAGGAUUUGCUUUAAUAUUA